GCGGCGGCGGCAGCGCCGGGCCCGCUGAAUCUGAUGCUCAGGAAGUGAGCCCUCUGCAGCUGCCAAGAUGGUAAUCAACGUCUGUCUCCCCCAGUUCAAGCCGAGAAUUCACUGCAACAAGAUUUCUGCCGACGGCUACGAAGUGGAGAACCUGAUCUCUGAAGACCUCGCCAGGAGAAACCGCGGCUUCCGCAGCGAGUACUUCAUCAAACCCCCCGUCCACGUCACCAUCUCCUUCCCCUUCAACAUUGAGAUCUGCAGGAUCAACAUCGACGUCUCCUCCGGAGGCUACCAAACCUUCUCCGGGCUCGAAGUUUACACCUCUACCUCGUGCAACAAAACCUCCUGGCAGAACCCCGAGGGGCAUUUCUCAGGCCUGGCCGGUCAGCCCGUGUCGGACAAAGACGUUUUCACCCUGGUGGGCAAAGCUGUCUUAAAAAAUCAAAGCAAGGUGACGUUCGGCCACCGAGGCUUCAAGCCGAGGCCUCCCUUCCAUCAGAUGGAGAACGUUUGCUCCUACCCCGGCUCCGUGUCGCAAGAGCUGUGGAACAAAGGGCCCGCCUCGCUCAGCAACGUCUCGCACCUGAGGCUCUGCAUCACCCACGUGGCCGGGGGCGGCCUGCCAUGCAUCAAGAGGCUGGAGGUGUGGGGGCAGCCUGCCAAGUCGUGCCCGCAGGAGGUGAUCGAGGGGGUUUUUCAGCUGGCCUCCCAGUGCCUCGCCCAGGACGGCGGCAGCCUCAAGCCGGAGCUCUGGACGCCGAUGGAGAGCGACUGCGUGCCCUUGGGCGCCAACGACGGCGAGCGGCAGGCCCUCCGCAAGCUGGUGGACGCGGUCCAGGACAUCCCCGAAGAAUUCCUGGACCCCAUCACCCUGGAGAUCAUGACCUUCCCCGUGCUCCUGCCCUCCGGGAAGGUGAUCGACCAGAGCACCUUGGAGAAGUGCAACCGGAGCGAGGCGGCGUGGGGCAGGGUGCCCAGCGACCCUUUCACCGGGGUGGCUUUCGGCCAGCACUCGCAGCCCCUGCCUCACCCCACCCUCAAGGCCAGGAUCGAUCAUUUCCUCCUGCAGCACAGCGUCCCCGGCACCAACCUGCUCGGGAGGGCUCACGCCCCCGAGACGCUCGUUCCUUCCUCCGUCACCAUCUCCGCUCUGAAGAGGAAAAUGGACUGCGUGGAUCCCGGCUCCGCCCAGCCGCUUUAUUUUUCUGCCACACACUUACUCGUCGCGGCUACCUCAGAGAACAGUGCUAAAAAAAUGAAAACGGACAGUGACUCGCACCUGAUCCAAAUGGACUGCUCCACAGACGCGAUCCCUCACGAGCAAAAACUCGCGGAGAGUUUGGACACGGCCUUGACCUCGGCGCUCAGCUCCAUGCCGUCCUUCACGGCCAAGCUGAUGAAAGGGCAGCAGCAGGGCGAGGGAGGCUGCAGCACCUCGUGGAACGCCGCCUCCGGCCUCGAGCACGGCAGGAGCGGCCAGCCCCAGGGGUGCGCGUCCUGCGGCAAAACCUUCUCGCCCUACUUCAAGACGGAGCCCGUUUACCAGCUCCCCUGUGGCCACCUCCUGUGCCGCCCCUGCUUGGCCGAGAAGCAGAAGUCCCCGGCCGUGGCGUGCGGGAGCUGCAAGCGGUCGGUGGCCACGCACGAAGUCAGGAGGGUUCACUUCUAACCUGCCGGGAGGACCGAGGGAACAGGAGCUGCCGCCGCCGCCCGCGUGGAUUCGUACGAGGACGACGGCCUUUGGAGAGCUUGCCGGCUGAGCCCCCGUAAUCGUGGAGAGGAU